AUUCUCAAACUUAGAGUCAACCUUUAAAGUUGAUCUCAGAGUUUAUAUCUUUAUUUCUAAGAUUCUUUUCAAGCUUUUCAAGAAUUACCUUCUUGCGUUUAUUUUCCUCUUGCAGAGUAUUUUUACUCUUUACAGUUUAAUUUCUGCUUAUAUUUUUAAUUUUAAAAUGGCGGAUAGCGAUUCAAUUGUUUCGGAGAACACUUCUUCGAGUCUACAAUACGAACUUUUUGAUUCUGCUGAAAGAGGCAACUUACAAGUGGUAAAGCAUUUAGUGAAAAGGGGCGCGAAAUUGGAUAGUAGGUAGUGUAUACACUUUAGAUGGGAAAAAAACAGCCUUUUAUCUUUAUCUUAUCUUUGUAAAACAUCUCAUUUCCAUCUUUUAACUUUUAUCUACAAAGAAACGAAUGGGGUGGAACGGCUCUGUCUUUGGCAGCUUACAAUGGUCAAGUAGCUGUAUGCGAAUAUCUUCUGGAACAGAACGCUAAUCCUAAUCUGCAAACCAAGUACGGUUAUACCCCGCUUCAUUUGGCGGCUCAAAAAGGUCAUCCUCAAACGAUUGGUACCUUAAUAGAUGGAGGAGCAAGAGUUGAUACUCAAACUGGAGAAGGUUAUACAGCUCUCUAUUUAUCCGUUCUUGGGGAACAUAAAAUUCCAGCAAAAAUGCUCCUGGCUGCAGGAGCAGACUGCAAUAUAAAAACAAAAAAGAAUGAAACAGUUUUGCACAUUGCUAUUGAUAAGAAAAGAGAGGAUAUUGUAGAUCUACUAUUAAACAAUCAAGCUAAUCCUAACAGCGUAAGAAAGGACGGAGAAACACCUUUGCAUUCGGCAAGCCAUAUCGGUAGCCCUAAAAUUGUACAAAUGCUAAUUAAAGCUGGAGCUCUAGUAGAUGGAACUAUGAAAAAUGGAGCUACUGCAAUGCAUAUAGGUGCUCGAUAUGGUAAAGAAGGAGUAAUAAGAACUCUUGCUAACAUUGGAGGUGCUGAUACAAUGAGUACGAUGAAUGUUGAUACAGCCAUUGGACCAAUCUGUAUUGAACGAGAUACUGAUGAGCUUGUUGGAGGAGGUCAUAUUGAUAAGGAUUGGAGGCCUAUCCAUAUGGCUGCUUUUUGGGGUCAUAAGCCUUGCGUUGAGGAAUUACAAAGGAACGGGGCGGACAUAAAUUGUCAGACUUCCGAAGGCUUCAGCCCUUUAUACUUAGCUUCUCAAAAUGGACACGUUCCUGUUGUUGAUUAUCUACUUAGGCAAGGUGCCUUUGUAGAUCGUCCAUCAAAGAUUGGUUGCAUACCAUUAAUAGUAGCUAGUGGCGGAGGUCACACAGCAGUGGUUGACCUUCUAUUACGAUACGAGUCGAAUGUUGAUCAUGUGGCAAGUGAUCCAAAUAAGAGUACAGCUCUAGGAGAGGCAAUAGAAAAUGGUCAUAGAGAUGUGACAGAACUACUACUACAGGCUGGAGCAGAUGUUCAUAAAGCCAGAUCCGAUGGUUAUAACCACCUCUUUCAUGCAGUGCGGUCUGAGAAAAUAUCUAGCGUUGAAAUAUUAUUGACAGGGCGAGCAGAUCCCAACGGUUCUCUGCGGGGUGGUAUUUCCUGCUUACAAGUGGCUGCCGCUCAAGGCAAUGAAGAAAUAUCUAGAAUGCUUUUAGAUGCCGGGGCUGAUGUAAAUCACCAGAGAAAUGAUGGAAGCACAGCUUUACACGACGCAGCUGGUCUUGGAAGGAUCAAAGUCGUUAAACUGCUAUUAGCAAGAGGAGCUAAUCCUAAAGCCAAAGAUAAAACUGGUGGAACACCUUUACAAAUUGCAGCCGAAGAAAACCAGCCUCAUGCAGCCGAAUUGUUGAUAAAAGCCGGCGCCGAAAUUAAUACCGUAAACGAUAAUGGCUUUACCCCUCUCUUCUACGCUGCACAGAACGAUCACUUAGACGUUGUUAAACUCUUACUACACUAUAGAGCAAACACACAAAUAGAAGAUUCCGAGGGAUGGGUAGCUCUUCAUUUUGCAGCUCAGGCAGGUCAUUGUCAGGUUGCAGAUGCUUUAAUCAGAAAUGGACAUCAAACAAUCAAUGGAGAAGGUAAUAAAGGCGAAAGUCCUCUUUGUUUGGCAGCUGAACAAGGACAUUACGACGUUGUUAGAUUGUUGUGCGUAAGAGGCGCCAAUGUAAAUCACAAAACUUCAGACGGUAUGACACCUUUACACUUGGCUGCAGAAGAAGGCCAUAAGGGUGUUGUUGAAGCCUUAUUGGGUAGGGGUGCAAAUGUAAAUGUACUCAAUCGCGUUAAGAAUUCUCCUUUACAUUUGGCCUCAAUGGAAGAUAAGCAAGAUGUUAUAGCAUCUUUAUUAAGAAAAGGUGCGGAUACUAAUAUUCGUAACAUCGACAAUUUAAGGCCUAUAGAACUAGCGAAAUCUGUGAAAGCGAAAAAAUUACUCUCUGGCAAAAUUCGUUCCGAUAGAUAAACUUUGAUAUUUUUCUGUUCUUAUCUUCGAAUUUAAUCAAGCUUGAUAUAAAGUGUUAUAAAUGUUACAGUGAUAUAAUUAUUAUUUUAAUAUAUAGAAUUUGUGAAAAGUAUAGCG